ACUGUUCAACACCGACCAGCAUGAGAGAGUUUAACACCUUUUGGUUUAAUAUGGCAAAUUUGGCUAUGUUUACAGAGAGAUUAUGAAUGAUACUACAUCAUUGCAGAAAGCUGAACUACAGGAACAGUUACCUGGCACUGGCAAUACUUUGGUACCAUCACGGCAGCCAUAUAUGAGUGGAACCUUUGCCUCAAGGCGUGUGUGCUUCUAUAAAAGCGGAGAUGCCCAGUUUAGUGGUUUGCCUGUGGUCAUCAACAGCCGCAAAUUCAAGACCUUUGAGGCAUUGUUAGACAGCCUGUCCAAGAGUGUUCCACUGCCAUUUGGAGUCCGCACUAUUACAACACCAAGGGGCCUUACCACAGUUCAUUCUCUUGACCAGCUUCAUCACGGCCAUUCAUACAUCUGCUCAGAUAAACGCACUGUCAAGCCCAUCGACUUGGAACAAGCACGCCGCAAACCACCACCUUGGUACCAUGCCAGGCCUGUCAGCAGCAGGCACCUAAAAGAUAGAAAAAUUCCUGGCCAACAGAAUACAAGACGGAAUAAGCACUCUUCACUUCUACACACCCCAAAGCGGCUGGUAGUUUUCCACAAUGGAGAUCCAGAAGUCAAGCAUACUCUUCUCCUGCAGAAGAGGAACACACAUUCUUUCGAGGCACUUCUUGAUCAUAUAUCUGAAGUCAUGUGCUUUCCAGUGCACAAAUUAUACACACCAGAUGGAAGGAGGGUGGAUGGACUUCCUGCUCUGAUCUUGUGUUCAGGUGUAUUGGUAGCUGCUGGCAGAGAGCCAUUUAGAAAAAGAAAAUAUGACAUUCAAAAGCCCUUUGCUCCAACUUGGCUGCCAGCAAAAAGUGUAGGACGACUGCCUCCUGUUACUAAAAAAAAGAAAUCUGUAACUAGCAGCAUCAAAUCUCGACCUUUCUCACCAUCUUCAGAGCAUUACAUAGUAAAUCAGUUACGGAACAGUUUUGCAGAAAGUACAUAUGACUGCACUGGUUCUAUUGAAAUGGAGAUGGGUCAGCUACUGGGAUCUGCCGCAGAGACGGAUACAGUCACCUGCAUGGAUGGUGACAAUAAUGAAUACCUCUGCAUGCCCAGUGAUGAUGACAUUGAAAAAUCAUUUCGAGUCAAUGAAGAUGGGAGCAUGACUGUAGAGAUGAAGGUGCGCUUGACUAUUAAAGAGGAGGAGACUGUUCAUUGGACAACAACACUCAGUCGGCAAAGUUUUACAAGUGAAAUUAAAUCUAACUUAAAUUCAGAUUAUGAUCUAGGAGCAGUUUUAGCUGACAAUAUUCUUGCCGAUGUUGACACUGAUGCCUCGGCAAUCCAAAGAUGUCAUAAAGAAUAUAGCAUUGUUUCCAAUAACAAAUGUCUUCCUGCACAGAAUGAAGAAAUGGCAGAUGGGGGGGUGGAGGAAAGCAUCAGAAUACAAGAGCCUGAGGAGAAACAAAUAUCUGAUAAGCCUGAGAGCCAGGAUACCGUCUUGGACAUCUGUAGUGAAGAGGCACGCAAUGUAAAACAGUGCAAUAAAUACCCAUUACCCAAACCACGUAAGGCAGGCACCUCACAAUUGCAGGCUAGUUUGUAUAAAUCUUCAGAGAAUCUUCAACUACAGGACAGUGGGCAGGAGACAGUGCUUCAGAGCUAUGAGGAGCGAACCUAUCAAAGGUGUUUCCUUACCAAUACUCAGGGAAUAGGCACAUCUGAUACAGUACCCCCUGACACUGUUCCCUUGAAGUCUGAGCCUAGACCUGACCCUUAUUAUGCAUCUCUUCAAAGACAGGAAACGUUCCUUUCCUCAUUGGAGCUCCAAACAUCAUGUGAAAGAAACAACCCUACAGACCUAAAAAACAAAAAAUCUGAAAUGCAUUCUCCUCUGACUAACUCUUCUAAAACAACAAUUCCUAGAAUGACUUCAACAGCAGAUAUUACCAAGAAAAGAAAGAAAAUAAGAGUUAUAGUGAAAAAGAGUCAUAUUUUCCAUAUGGCCACUCAUGAAUACAGGAGGAAAGAUACCAAAAUUGACAUUCUGAAAGAGAUAAAGAAAAUAAGAGCUGCUAUCUUUAAACAAGCCAGAGUUAUGAGAGGUAUGACUAAACAGUACAGAGUCAAACCUGUCCAGGAAUUAUUAAAAGGUAAAAGAACUAAUCUACCUUUGAGUUGUGAAAGUGGUUCUCCCACAUUGAACAAAACGUUUCAGAUUAAAAUUCCCAAUAAAUUUCAUGUGAAAGAGCAUUAUACCAAUAAGAAGAAUCCUGCCACAGCAGAGAUAUAUCCGAAUAAACUAAGUGAAAGUGUGACUUCACACAAAAAAAAAUUACUUAAUGUAUCAAUAAAUAAAUGUUCCCUAACACGACAAACAUCAAUGCAAGAAGAGCAAGAGACACAAAAGCAAGAGACAGAAGAGUUUAAAGACCGUACUUCCUCCCCUGCUCUGCAUUGCUCUUCCUCAGUCUUAAACGAAUACGUAGAAUUCUGGCUACAGAUGAGUGAAGAAGGACAAUCACCCAACAAGGAACAGGUACCACCAUCCACGUCUUCACAGGACUUAAUCUGUGAGACUGCAUGCUCUAGACUGGCAGCAAAGAAGAAUAAACCACCUCCUGUAUUACCAUCUACUAAUAUGCCAAGGUUGUCAAAGAAAAAGAUAUUCAAUUCUUCUCCAAAAAGAAUUACAUUCCCCACAGUUUCUGCUCAAGAGACCUCAUCUCUAUCUCAGAUUAACACAUUAAAUGAAGAAAUAAAUUCAUCUCAAAGUAACGCUUCAGGGAACAUACCUUUACCAGUGACUCCCUUAUUAACAAAUCAUUCCUGGAAAAGAACAUCUUCAGAAGAUAAUUCCUCACCAGAUAAAAAUUCAUUUAGCGAAAUUAUUGCUCAUGACGUUUCACAAGAAAAUAUGCACUUGUCAAGGAACAUAUUAAAUAAUCCAGACAGAACUAAUUAUGUUGUUUUAGACAAUUUUAGUAAAUUGUCUUUAAAACAAGAAAUAAUGCAACUUCGCCACAAGGUAAAAAGAGAUAAAAACACAGAUGAGCCUUUGGGUAACACAUUUGAAUGUGUAAACAACAAUGAGAAACAAACACCUCCUACCAGGAAUCCUACUUCAGAAAAGAUUCUAUCCAGCCAGAAUUCCUUAGAACAAAUACCCCGAAACAACACUUUGUCCAAGGCAUCACUAUUCAGCAAUCAAGGUGCGGAGAAAACAGCCCUUUCUAAAAAUGCAACAUUUGACAAAAAGCCAAAACCCGGGCACUCAGGUAUGAUCAAGGGAAUGGUGAGCACAUGUGAAAAUGAUAAAAGUACAUCUUUAUGUCCACUUUCAGGGAAAGAACUGUUAGUUUUCCCAGGGAAAAAAUCUGACACAGUCAAAAUGGAAGUAAGGCCUGAUAUGAGGCAUGUUCUAGAAGAGCUCUGCCAUUCCAUUCAUUUACUCCGUGAAGCAACACAGCACAAGCAGCGGUCCUGUUUGGAGAAAUCCAAUAGUAUGCCAGACUUUUCCUCACACUUGGCAUCUACUUUCGGUUCCUCAUCAAGGGUGCUCCUAGCAUUUCUUUCAGUCAUGAUUUUAAGGGAUGGUCUGGAGAACCUAAAUGCACUCCGGCAAGCCGAGAACAGCCUGAGCUGCUCAGAGGCUUUACUUAUGCUACAGUCUCUUAAAGAGAUGGCAGCUAUUGAGGAUGCAGAGGAGCUGAGAGCCAACUUAAACGCUCUGCAGAAUUCAGCAUCAGAUCAGUUACUCCAGAGCUGGAAACAUUUCCAACAACUGAGCAAUACAGCUACGAGUUCCUGUAUCACACCAGAGUACACCAGAGGUAGAUGUAGCAGUGUGUCAAGCUCUGAAGAGGAGGCAGUUAAAGGGCUUAUGGAAGAACUAGGCGUUCCAGACACAGUUAGAGAAGAGUUGGCUGCUCUCCACACCCAAGAAAAUAGGAGCAUCAAGGGUAAUCAAGUUGAUAAGUCAGAAGACUUGCUGGAGACAAUUUCAGAGACUAAGGUAAAUAGAUAUACAGAAUCAGACUUAAGUGAAGAAACAUUCAGUAUCCCUAGAUGUGUGCUUGAAGAUAUAAACACAUAUGUUAAAUCGGUCAUUGAAAAAGCAGUUCAUAUACAUAGAAAUCCUGAAGGCACUGACAAAGAAAUCAAAGUGUUAACUUGUGAACAGGAAAUAAAUUCCUGUCCCAUGGAGAGAAUACAACAGACUCACAACAUACUAGACUCUAACAUCUGUGAAAACACCUUGGAAGAAAAGCAACAAAGAACUGAGGAAAAAGAUACAAGAUAUAAAGGGAAACAGGAAACAUAUCCAAAGCAGGAAAUAAAUGUGAAAGAGAUCAAAGACAGUGUAAUGUGUGAACAGAGUGGAGUUGCACAUGGAAAUAUUAUAUCUAAGAGUGACAGUGUAGAGAAAAAUUACAUUGGGAAGACUGAUCCUAAAAAUUCUCAGCCACAAGACAGCAAUAAAGCAAGGGAGGAAGUGAAAGACAUGAGGGAUGCAAAUGAAAUGGACAGUGGUAGAAUUACUAAAGUAAACUCAAAAUUCUCAGAGUCAAGUGAGAGUAAAGAUGACUUGACAACCUGUGAAGAGGAGAAAUCCAGCUUAGAACAAGAUAGCUGUGAUGAAAAGCAUAGGGACGUUGCUGAAGAUUGGAUCUGUGAUAAAGUAGAAAGUCUUCAAGUAAAUCCAUCAAGUUGUUUACAACACAAGUCCUCCAAAACUGAACACCAAACAAAAUGUCAAAAUCAACGACCGGUGAGUCAAGAACACACGCAGUUAAACAAUAAACAAGAGAGUGUGAAGAAGAACAUUGGACAACCUGAAAUGCAAAGAACAGAGAAGGUUCAUUCUGAGGACCAGCUCAUGAUUGUGGAGGCACCUGCAAAAUGCUGCGAAAUUCAUCAAGAAAAUGUUAAUAAUCAAAAGAAAUGUAGCCAUAAAGAGGCUGUAGACUGUGACAGAAAGACUGUACAUACUAAAAAGAAAAACAGUUCAAUAACAAAGCUAAUUGGUAGCCUGGAAACAUGUACACAAACGUCUAGCAGUAAACCUCAUAAAUCAGUAAACAGAUUUGUGGCUCAGACAGAAGUAUCAGACCCAAAUUAUUUAAAUGAUGAACCUUUAACUGAUAAGCUCAUAGACACAACCUUAGAAGAACAUUUAUCUUCGUUAACAUUUAGCUAUGAUUCCCAAAGCAGCUCUUUGGCACAAGAGACAGAAAGAAGCGCUCAGGCUAACAGAGUGAAGUCCAUCAGGGAUAUGUUUCUUGCUAAGAGUCAAACAAUAAUCCAGAAUGGGCAAAGACAACAACAUAGUCCAAAUUCUGACCUUUCUGAUUCCCAGCCUACAGACAGUGGGGGAAACUGGUCACAAGAGACAUCCAGUGGAGAGGAUGUCCCCAAAGGUUUCGUCAGGAGAACCAUUGAGAGACUCUACGGAAGAGGUAGUUCAGGUGGUAUAGGUACAAAUAAUAUCAAAUCGCCUUCUGCUUUCAAGGCCAAGCAAAGAGAAGGUCUUGGGAGAACAAAUGUAUCUAGUCUGGCUUCCUACCAUGAAAAUCGUACUCAAGUAAUGACUGACCUAUCGUACUUUAGUGCCACAAACACAUCUGAUGUCUUUCAAGCACCAACUGAUUGUUUCACACCGAAUGAACAUGCACGAUCUGAAGAGGCUAAUCUUAUUGAUAAAGGUCACUGGUUUGUUGCAGAGAACCAGAUUCGUAAAUCCUCUCCAGAACUCGAGGAAGGUCAUAGAAAAGGAGAAAACAUCGAAACCAUUUCAGGUGAGGUUGAUAAACAACCUGUGCAGGAAGAUGCUCUUGAUGGGGCUCUGCCUUCCACAAAGCUCGAAAAGUGGCCUGGGUCACCAAGUUCAAAGUUUACUUAUUUCAACCUUCCGAGUGCAAGUGACUCGGAGCAGGAACCAGAAGAAAAAAAGGAGGUUAGAUUGAUACCUGAAACACAGGUACAUAAAACCAUGGCUGAGCGAAACAGCAUUCCACUUGCUUCAAGCCCACCAGUCUUAAAGAAACCAAACAAUAAGGUGCACCCACUGACAAAAGCUACCACAAUGACUGUGGUUAGCCAGCCAGUUAAAGGACAGAGUGCACAAACAGGGCUCAUGAAGCAAUCUGCAGAUCCUGAUGCCCUGGAGAUGCUGUUUGUAUUUUGUGGGCAACACUGUCCCUUACUGUAAACUACAUGUUUAUUAAUUCACAUUGCCCCAGAAUACUUAAAUAUAUGUAACAAACUCCAAUACUCAUGAUGACCUCUGCUGCCUUAUGUUCCUUGUUAGCAUUCUGGCUUUUUGAAAGGCAACAGUUCCUGGAGGUGCUGAAAAUGAUCAUGUGCGCCACCUUGAUUUAUGAAGCACAUCUGCUAGUUACUGAUUAGCACUUAAGGUGACAGAACAUGAAUAAUUUAGUGCCUAAUCUCUCUUUAUAACACCGAACUGUCAAUUGUUCAGUGCUUGUGUUCAUACCUUUUAAUGAAAAAAUAGAAAUUGUGGUUAAUUCAAUUCAUAGAAAAAAUGCCAGUCUAUAUUCUAAGCUUCUCUUAUGGAAUUGGCCCAGUGACGUGUUGGUGAUGUUAAAGAGAUGUAGCACGAGCUUGCUUGUUUAAAGCAUGCAUGCAUUAACUAUGAGGCUGGGUAAAGAAAAGCUUGUUUAGUGACUUGAAUGCCAACCUGAUCAUUAUGGUAAUCUCAUUUGGGCCAAACACUUAAAAGUGUCACAGACUAAUAUGAUAUCACAUAAAUAAGGAUGGGUUCCUUGUUUAGUCUGGUUCAUCUCAAGGUUUCUUCCUAUUGUCAUCUUGCUCAUCAGGGACAAACCAAGAACAAUAAUUAAUAUAUAUUUCCCUAAAUCCUGUAAAUCUGCUUUGUACAAUUGUUGCCAUGUAACUAUUGUUAAAUUAUAUAUUUAUAAAUGAUAACUUCAAAGCACUUAAGUCGCUCUGGAUAAGGGCGUCUGCCAAAUGCUGUAAACGUAAAGGGUGAAAAUGUUAUACAAACUAAAAAUUUAAAUUGAGAUAUUAGAUUUAGCUCCCAAUACGUGACCCAGAAGUGAAUGAUGGAAUAUAAUAACAUUAACAAUGACGGAUAAUUAUAUUUACACAGGCCAUUGAUGUCACUUGUGAGUACUGUACUAGUAUAAUAUUUACUUAAUUAAUAUGUGUACCUUAUAUACUGCAUUUCUGCAUUUACUAGCACUUGGUUAGACACUGUUGGAGACAUGGUCUAUUUGUUUUCACAAUGUCGUAUAUGUUAUUAUUAAAUGUCUCUAUGUACAAAUUUGCUAAGAUAGAUCCAAAAAUAUAAACCUGUACAUUAAGUUGAAAAAAAGGCACUAAAACCGGCUUUCGAUUUUGUUGUUGUUGUUGUUUGUAUUAAAAGUUUUUUUUCUCCUUUUAACUAUAGUUUACAUACUUGAUGUUUAUUUAUUGGUCAAUGUUUAUUCUUGUCUUUCACAUUAAAUGUCUACCACUAGAUGGCAGCAUGAAAUUCUUUUUGCAUACAAAGCUGGAUACUGUAGCACAUUUUGCUGUAAAUAAUGCCUUAGGCUUUGUGAAUC